UAUAUGCUUAAUUGGAGACAACCUUCCGGCGAUAGUUUUGAUGGAGCACUCUGUUUGACUCUUGUACGGACGGCAAUACUUCUGUGUGUAAUUUUAACUUUCCAUCCGCUUGAGCUAUAA